AUUGACUUAAGGUUAUGAUCAUGAGUUUUCUAUUUAUGCUACGCUUUUUUCAGACAAACUCUUUUUGUGUUAUGCCAAUUUUCUUUUCAACUAUAGGCAACUAAGUGACUACAUCAUUAAAUAGACAAGUUAUGAAUGAUUAUUCACGAGUGUUACAACCAAGGUUGUUACACCUCUACCAGACAGCUACUUGGACUAGGUCUGACCAAAAUCGUGCUCCAAAUGGACUCUACAAAACCAAGGUUCUCAUCGUUAGAGGGGGAGAAGAAGAGAGAGGGAAGGGGAAGGGAGAGAGAGGAAAGGGGAUGGUGGGUGGAUCUUGAGAUAAGUAUAUAUUUUAAUAGAAUUUGAAUUUUUAAUAGAUAUAAGUUAGUACAUUUCAGUCACUAAAAUUCUAUAUUAUAUGUAAAUAUCUUUAGAAAAGGUGUAAAAUUGCUCAAACAAGUUGGACUUUAAUCAAACCAUUAAACUUCAAACAACUUGUUUGACCGGCUAAACGACUUAAACCGGUUUGACAACUUUGGUUAUAACCAUUAAGAUUACAAUGUUCAUCAUUGAUGAAAAGUUAUAAGAAUUUCGAAAAUGAAAAAAUAAUUUCGAUAUCACGUUAAUGUCAUACAAAAUUCAGCAUUUCAAAUAAUUUAAAUACAUAUCUUAAAUACGUUAUAUUCAAAUGACAUUCCGACCAACGGGUCGGACAACAAACUAGUAGUAUUUUAUUUCAAACUUCAGUAAAAAAUAGAUUAUUAUCCCCAAGAAAAUUCCAAUUAAAUUAAAUGAAAAACAGUUGUGGUAAUUUCCGGAUUAGAACAGUAAAACAAAAAAUUAUGAAUAAGCAGAGUGGUAAACUUUUCUCCUCUUUUUUUUAAUGAGGUGGCACUGGCAGUGGCAACAAAGCCAAGGGAAAGAAAGAAUAUUAGUGAACAGUAACAGUCUGAGAGUCUUUCAGAAAAGAAGUAAAAGAACAAACUGAGCAGAGAUGCUCUUGUAUAUAUUUGUUUCUGGUAAAUGGAGAACAGGGAAUCAAAGAUGCUUUAUGCAGAACUUUAUCUUUACGUGUUUUAAGAAAGAAAAGGAAAGCAAGAGGGAGAGAUCUCUAAAAAUUUGGUAAAGCUAUGCAUGUAACGAGAAGAAGAUCAGAGAUUGAGAUGAGCGAGAUUCCCUUUGGCGUCUCUUGGAAGAGAAAGGGCGGGAGACAGAAGAAAGAAAAGGUUCGUCUACCCUUUUGCUUUUCAUUGUGCCUCUUCACAUUCACUUUAAUUCCCCCCUCUGCCUCUGGUUUUGCACUUUCCAAAUGAAAGAAUUUUCCCAAUGUUAUUAAUACUCUUACUGCUACUACUUCUCUCUGCUUUGGCGCUAGCUUUAAGCUUGUUUUCAUUACUUUGCCUCUGAGCCUCUCCCCCCCUUUCGAGUUUUCUAGACCUUACUGCCUCUUCUGCCUUCUGGGUUGCGUUCCUGAAGAGUAAAAGGUAGAAGCUUUUCCUGUACUAGUCCCCUGCUUUUUUUUUUUUUUUUUUUUGGUUACGAAGGGAGGUUAAUUGGAUAUUGUGACUUCUUCGUUCUAGUAGCUGUAUCUUUGUUUAUUGGGAUUCUGAGAAAUUUUGGGAUUCGGGUUUUUAUUACAUGGAGAUUUGGGUUUUGUAGAGUACGAAGACUUCAUUACUAAAAAGGAAUUGCAUCGUGUGUUGAGAGAGAAGGGAAGAGCGGCGAAAGAGAUGGCAGGAGGAGGACCAGCGCCGCCGCCAAAACAGGAUGAAUUGCAGCCUCAUCCAGCCAAGGAUCAGCUCCCCAACGUUUCUUACUGCAUCACCAGCCCUCCUCCUUGGCCCGAGGCAAUUCUACUUGGCUUCCAGCACUACUUGGUGAUGCUUGGAACAACUGUGCUGAUCCCCACCUUACUUGUCCCUCAAAUGGGAGGUGGAAACGAGGAGAAGGCAAAGAUGAUUCAAACUUUGCUUUUUGUGGCGGGAUUGAACACAUUUUUCCAAACCAUGUUCGGAACUCGCCUGCCUGCAGUCAUUGGAGGCUCCUACACUUAUCUUCCAACUACCAUCUCAAUCGUCUUGGCUGGCCGGUACAGUGACAUUGUGAACCCUGCAGAGAAAUUUGAAAAGAUUAUGCGUGGAACUCAAGGUGCGCUCAUUGUUGCUUCCACACUCCAAAUUGUCAUUGGCUUCAGUGGCCUAUGGCGUAACAUUGUAAGGUUCUUGAGCCCACUGUCUGCUGUCCCUUUGGUUGCUAUGUCCGGAUUCGGGCUAUACGAGUUUGGUUUCCCCCUGCUUGCAAAAUGUGUGGAGAUAGGCCUGCCCCAGGUCAUCAUUCUGAUAAUCUUUUCACAGUAUAUACCUCACUUGUUAAAGGGGGAGAAAUCCAUAUUUCAUCGCUUUGCUGUUAUAUUCUCUGUGAUUAUCGUUUGGGUAUAUGCCCACUUGCUCACCGUGGGUGGAGCAUACAAAAAUGCUGGCCCUAAAACUCAGCUAAGUUGCAGAACCGACAAAGCUGGCAUUAUAGGCGCUGCUCCAUGGAUAAGAGUUCCAUAUCCAUUCCAGUGGGGAGCUCCCACGUUUGAUGCUGGAGAGGCCUUUGCAAUGAUGAUGGCUUCAUUUGUUUCACUUGUAGAGUCAACUGGUGCUUUCAUUGCUGUGUCGAGGUAUGCAAGCGCAACCCCAAUGCCACCUUCUAUACUCAGCCGUGGUGUUGGUUGGCAGGGCGUUGGAAUUCUGUUCUCUGGGAUAUUUGGAACGGGGAAUGGUUGUGCAGUGUCUGUUGAAAAUGCCGGAUUAUUGGCCUUGACAAGAGUUGGCAGCAGGCGGGUGGUGCAGAUCUCGGCAGGCUUCAUGAUUUUCUUCUCCAUUCUUGGAAAAUUUGGAGCUGUUUUUGCAUCCAUUCCUGCUCCAAUUGUGGCCGCUCUGUACUGCCUUUUCUUUGCCUAUGUUGGCUCAGCUGGUCUGGGUUACCUUCAGUUCUGCAACUUAAACAGCUUCAGAGUAAAGUUCAUCCUGGGCUUCUCCAUCUUCAUGGGCCUAUCCAUCCCACAGUACUUCAACGAAUACACAGCAAUCAACGGCUAUGGCCCGGUCCACACCGGGGCCAGAUGGUUCAACGACAUGAUCAACGUGCCAUUCUCGUCGGAAGCGUUUGUAGCUGGGAUACUGGCCAUGUUCUUGGACGUGACGAUGCACAAGAAGGAGAAUGCGAUCAGGAAAGACAGGGGAAUGCACUGGUUGGACAAGUUCAGGUCGUUUAAGACCGACACCAGGAGCGAAGAGUUCUACUCUUUGCCCUUCAACCUCAACAAGUUCUUCCCAUCAGUUUGAUUUUCAUCACACUCUUUUCCCAGAGGCGUUAGUUGGUUUUCCCCGUUUUCUGCCACGAGGUUAUGGCUCGUUUCGUGACUAAUUAGUUGUGCCAUUGCCAGUUCUGCUCCUCAGUCUCCAGGUUUACAUAUUGAGCUUUAGUACUCUCUCAUUUGACUAGGUUGGCUUUUUCCCUUUGUUUUUUUUCUGGGUUCUAGUGGAAAUAUGUAAAAUGUAACAUAUGUAUUCGUUCUCUUUGUUUUGUAAGAGGUAGUUGACAUAUCACAAUCAAUCUCUAACCGACUCCAAUCUUGCACUUCUUUAAAUAAAGACUCAAGUGAACUUUUAUACAUAGUUUGUAAAAUACUAUACGGGAAAGUUACGUAAAAAAUCCGUACGGGUAUUUUACGUCGUCUCUAAGGUAAAGUUACGUUUAAAAGUACAUUAAUAGUAAUAAAUAUAUGAAAAGUAAUUAUUUUAAAAAUAAAUAAAUACAUAAAUAAUCGUAAAGUUCACAAUUUAAUUCAUUAAGGAUAUUAAACGUGUUAUACGGGUUUUAUACGUGUUUAGCACGGGAGCCAUCCUUUGAACGGGGAAAAAUGAAAUGGCUUGACAAUAAUACGGAUACGGAAGUUUUAAACGGAUAAAGUACAUACGGGUACAUCUACGUGUAUCAAACGGAGUAUUUACUAACUAUGCUUUUGUAUGAGAAAAGAAAAGCUAAUUAACCUAAUUGGCUAAUUCACAAUGAAUUGAUUGUCCCAAGCAAUGUUUGGUUUGGGCCAAAUGCCUACAAGUACAUUAUGUCAAAGGUGCCUUAGAGGUCUUUGGAUGAGGCCAUUUGUCCUAAUGGCAUCAAAAUGAAGCAAUUUAGUCAAAUGGCCUUGUUUGAUAAUAUAAAAUGGGAUGCAGUAAUUGGGUCAAUGUAAUUUGAAUUGUGAGGUCUAGAAUUUAAAGGCAUAGACUUACGAGUUACAUGCCUACAUCAUAAAACCGCAUUGAAAUGUGAUUGACAAAGAACUAUCUAUCUUGAUAAAUCAUAAGGAGGCUAAGUUUAGCUCAAGUGAGCUAAACUCUAGUUCACUCGACCCAACUAGUUUGGAGCUUAGAUUAAUCUAGCUCAACGUGUUUUCUUAGUUGCUCAACUACUCAAGGUACUUGAACUUAGCUAAGAGCGGCUAGAAACUUGUGACACUAACAGGAAGUGACAAAAUUCUUGAGUGAUGUCACACCACUGAAUUCGGCUAGAAACUAUGACUCAAGUGUGUUCACAUAGAUGAGUUGGAUCUCUUUUUGUUGGCUUAAUUGCAAGUUUGGUCAUUCGAAUUGCUUAAAAAUUACACUAAUGUGGGCAAUAUGAUGACUUAUCACGAUCGACCUUUAAAAUGUAGUGGCCGACCGUUUUGAGUUAAGUUGUGACAUUACCGGUCGACCACAAUAAAACAUGGGUCGCAAAUUGGUCGACCGUAAAGGUAAUGAGGUCGACCACUUGAUUAUGGUCAUUACCAAAAUGGUCGACCAUUUAUAGAAAGAGGUCGACCAGACAGAAGAGUAAAGUGCUCUAUCCAUUUAUCCAUCCCUUUUUGACGUGAAAUGAAGAUCUAGUGUUGGUCUUGAGGUCGACAGAAUACAAUAAGAGGUCGACCGAAUUAAGGAAAUUUAGCCUAUGACCUUCGACUUUUUUGCGUAUGUAUGUCGAUGUGGGUGGUUCGUUUGAUCGUUCAACUUACGUUUGAUAGUCAUUGGAAUCAGUCUUAUAUCAUGAUAGCAAGGACUCAUAACUUCUUAACAUAACAACGUAACACACUAACAAGAAAUAUAAUAAAACACACUUCAUAAUUGUUCACAUAAAACACACUUCAUGAAAUCAAAAACCACAUAAAAACAAAAAACACAAGCUAAACUCAUGGAGUUCCUAUACCUCUCAACUCUCUGAAACAACAAAUCAGGUCGACCUAAUCCUAAUGGCAUUUGUCCUAAUGGCAUCAAAAUGAAGCAAUUUAGUCAAA